CCCCCCUCGGGCCGUGUCCCGCUGCUCCGUUCCCGAGAAGCGAAACGGAGCGAACGGCCCCACUGCGGCGUCCGGAGGGCUGAGCGCUCGGAGCGGCUCCCGAGUCUCGUGAAAGCGGUGCCGGGCGGAGCUCCGCCCACUGCUCCGUGCCUCGGCUCAGGCUAGGAGGCGGUUUCCGUCGGAGCCCCGCCGGGAGCGGCCUGCCGCGCUGCGCGGAGCAGAAAUGCCUCAUCCGGAGCGCUGCCGCCCCCGCGCGGGCAUCGCGCCGUGCUGUUGCGCGUCCGUCCGUUGGCGCAACUUCCGGAGUUCGUAGCGGAGCACGGAACGCCGUGUAGAAACACGGAGGAGGACAGGAAUGGUUCUUUACUUCACACGGCGUUAUUUUCCACUCUUGCCUCUUCUGGCCCUGCAGGUGCUCUUCGGAGCAGUGCCGUGUGGGGCAGAGCCGUGCGAGCUGCAGCUCUGUGAUGAGGUGUGCUGCAGCGUGACAGGAGUGGUGCUGCAAAGGCCUGCUUUCUUGGCAUGUUCGUGCUAUGCUUCUCUGUCCUUUAAGAAAAAGAAGUACUUGGACGAUUGUUGGCUGUGAUCUUUAAUAAGACUUGCAACUGUGAAUGUGUUUUCAUAAAACUUGCAGCUGGGCUGAAGUAUCCGCUCUUAAAAUAAUGUUGGGGCUUUGUGAUUUGGGAUAGUGUGCCUCCCACUCACUGCUCUGUAGCUGUGAGUGCUGUGGAGCAAGAGAACAUGAGCAGAACCAAAACUCUUAAUACAUGGCAAAAGAGGAAGAAGCAGAAUUGCGUGGUUCAGGCUGGGACUGUUUCCAAAACUGGAGGGUGAAUUUCCCCAACAUCAGUGACCGAGGCAGCUUUCAAGCUUGGGAUGGAGCUGGCGAGCAGGCAGGAUCCUUAUUUGCGAGUGGUUGUGCACACUGCAGUGUGCUGCAGAGCCCUGACACUCCUGCUACAGGCCGUGUUUGACCUGCUGAUCCCAGAUCACACAGCAGAUGCCUUCUCCCCGCCUCGUCUGCCCAAGCCUGGCGCAUACGACCUGCUGCUGGAGCAGCUGCUGGGGGGCCUGGCACACUGGGACGCAGAGCAUUUCCUCUUCAUCGCAGAGCGGGGUUACCUGUAUGAGCACAACUGCGCCUUCUUCCCGCUUUACCCUCUCAGCUUGCGAGCCGUGGCCGAUGGCGCUCUGUGGCCCCUGCGGCAGCUGCUGUGUUUGCGGAGCCGCCUGCUGCUGUCAGCCGUCCUCCUGAAUUCUCUCUUUUCUGUGCUGGCAGCCGCUGCCCUGUACAAGCUGGGCUGUGCCGUGCUGCGGUGCCGCAGGACAGCCUUCCUUGCUGCCCUUCUCUUUUGUAUCAGCCCUGCCAACGUGUUCAUGGCGGCUGCUUACUCGGAGAGCAUGUUUGCCUUCCUGGCCUUCAGUGCCAUGUGGCAACUGGAGAAGGGGCAGAGCUGGCUCAGCAUGCUGCUCUUCUCCCUUGCCACUGGCGUGCGUGCCAAUGGGCUUGUGAAUGCUGGUUUCUUUCUCUACUCCCGCAGUAAAUCCUUUGCCCUCCAGCUCCAGGUGGGUUCAGGCUCGGUAAGGAAGCUCUUUCUGUUAUGGAGGCAGUUCCUCAGUGUGGCAUCUUCCAUGCUUCUGACAUGUGCUGGGAUUUGUCUGCCUUUUGCUUUGUUUCAGUAUUAUGCCUACAUGAGGUUCUGCAGCCCUGGCCUGAAGCUGGCUGUUCCUGAGCCGCUGCGGCAGCUGGCUUUGGACAAAGGCUAUCGUCUGGUGUCCCCCCAUGGGGUUAAACCCCCUUGGUGCUCCCAGCGGUUCCCUGUGGUCUAUUCUUACAUUCAAGAUGUGUAUUGGAAUGUGGGCUUUCUGAGGUAUUUUGAGCUCAGACAAGUACCAAAUUUUUUGCUUGCUUUGCCUGUCUCGCUUUUGUGCUCGUGCGCUGCCUGGACCUUCGUUGUUGCAAACCCAUGGCACUGCCUGACCCUGGGACUAGAGAGAAGAAAGAAGAAACGAGAGGGUAAACCCAGAGCUGGGUUUUGCUGCCCUGCUGUCUUCGUGUAUGUGGUCCAUGCUACAGCCCUGCUGACGCUGGGGUUCUUCUACAUGCAUGUUCAGGUGCUGACCCGAUUCCUCGGUUCCUCCAGCCCCGUUCUGUACUGGUUCUCCGCCCACCUGCUCCAAGGACACGAGGCCUGGCUCUGGGAGGAGGAGGCCGGCGGGCAAAGCGCGGUGCGCGUCCACGAGAGGCGCGUGCUGGGUGCAGCGCCCGGCUCCUGCGGGAAGGGCUCUGCGGGGGGACACCCGCUGCUCAGGCUGCUGCUGAGCUACCGCUCCAUGACUGCCGUCGGGCGGUGCCUCCUGGGGUUCUUCGCGUCCUAUUGGCUGCUGGGGCUGGUGCUGCACUGCAACCGCUUGCCUUGGACGUAGCGAGCGGCUGUGGCCGCGACGGACAGCUAGGUGACGGGAGGAGGAGUCCGAACUGAACGUUUUCUAAAGAACCGGACGCGUCCCGAGGCCGUCGUCCACGACGAGGUGCUGUCGGACGGCGCCGUCCCACGUCGGGUGCCCGAGUGCGGCCUGCGCUGCCGCGAGCGACCGGAGCUCUGCUCGGGCCGGGCCCGCCCUGCUCUUCCGUCGUCUCGGCGCGGCCGGCAGGGGGCGCUGCAGUCGGGCGGGGGGCGGGGCGCUGCUGACUCCGAGCGACGCCGCGAAGCACCGCGAGUAGCGGCGGAUCUCGGCGCUCGCCGCUCCGGAGCGCCCCGGCGGCAAUUCGCGCUGUUCCUCGACCACGUCUGCUUCUCGUGCGGCGGCGUUUCGGCCCCGUCCCGGCCCCUUAGUCGGCUGUCCCCGCCCUCGCAGACGCCGUGGAUGCCCGCGCUUCCCGCCCGCCCCAUGGAAAAGCGGUCGCCGGCGAGCUCGUGGCGAAGCUCCGGUACUGCUACGGCUGCGGAGCGCCCCGUCCCGAGCGGAGCUCUCACUGCGGCGGCCGCGUCGAUGAGUCGCGAACGUGGCACUGUGCGUCCCGUGGGCGUAGCGCUGUUGGGUGCUGCGUUUAUGUUCACAGAGGGUUGCACAGCGCGACGGCGAUGCGGCAGCUUGAUGCAGAGCCUGAGAGCCCUCGGCCUGCUCGGCUGAGCUAAGAAAACGGUGUGGGGCCAAAGCCGGCGAUUUCAGUGUGGAAUUAGAACUCUGCGUUCCUUCUU